AUGCAUAGUACCAAUAUCAGAUCUACAGCACUUUCCCUGGAAAUUCGAGACAAAAAUUACAUAAUUAAGCACGUUAAUUCAGUGUUGGAUACGAAACAGUUUGACAAGAAAACGCACGCUCUACCCUCUUCGACUGUGAAUGUUGUUUGCGCUAAAGUUACUGCCACUACUACCACUACACAAGACAUGUGGAAUAGAAUGAACAAUGUUUCAAAGAGACGUUCCAUAGAUGCAUAUGACCGAACCUAUACCGACGAAAACAACCAUCCUUACCGCCACGAUACAUCAGAAGAAGAGGAGGAGGAGGAAGAGGAAGAGGAUGAAGUAGAUGCUCGACACCAUCGCCCACAAGACGAUUAUCAAGAGGAAUCUGAUUUGGAUAUUACCGGAUCUGAUGAUGAAUCAGUUUUAUCAGUUGAACAAACACAAACAGUAAAGAGCAACUCAUCCAACUUGUUUCAAUUCCACUUUGAAUUUGGCUCAAAACGACCACCAAGAACAACUAUACAGCAAGAUAUGCAAGAGGAAUCAGACGAACAAGAAGCAUCCGACAUGGAAGAGGAGGAGCCGCACUCUUUCCUGUCAAGUGAGCAACAAGACAGUGAUUCAGAACGCAGCUUGUUUGAUUCUGCCUCUUCGUCCAACGAUGAAGAUGAUGAAGAUGACGAAGAUGGAUGGAAUAGCAAACAUGUUAUGGCAGAUUCCAAAUACUUUCCAUCUGCUACUGAUGAAGCACUGCAGACAUUUGAAAACAUUGAAGCCAAUAUCUACAUUGGAUCAGCCACAGGAAGAUCCAUGGCAGAGGAGAGCAUGCCCUGUGAAUGCAAAUACGACUCUGAAUUAGAAAACCCAAACGAGGCUUGUGGCGACGACAACAUUUGUAUCAAUCGCAUGAUGUUUAUGGAGUGUAUCGUGCAAGAUUGCCCCUGUGGUCGAUUGUGUCGAAACCGUCGUUUUCAAUUAGGUCAGUAUUCGCCCGUGGAUGUGAUCAAGACUGAAAAGAAAGGGUUUGGUUUGCGUGCAUUGACAAAUCUACCUCAAAACUCGUUUAUCAUGGAAUACAUUGGCGAAGUCAUCCCACAAACCGAGUUCCUUCGACGUACCAGAGAGUAUGACGCAGAGGGAUUCAAGCACUACUACUUUAUGACAUUGAAAAACGACGAGAUCAUUGAUGCAACGAAAAGAGGCUGUUUAGCAAGAUUCAUGAAUCAUUCUUGCAAUCCCAACUGCGUCACACAAAAGUGGGUCAUUGGCAAAAAGAUGCGCAUUGGUAUCUUCACCAGUCGAGAAAUCACUGCAGGUGAGGAACUGACAUUCGACUACAAAUUCGAGCGUUACGGUGCGAUGGCGCAGCCUUGUUACUGUGGCGAGCCCAACUGCAAAGGAUUCAUUGGUGCUUCUGAUGAGAAAGCAGCCGCUAUGGCAGCAGCAGCUUCCUCAGCUGAUCACGACGAGGAUCUGUUGAUGGAUACACACAUGGGCGCAGAGGCGUCUCUAUCUACGUCUUCUUCUGACGACGACGACGAGUUUAGCGAUCAAGACAAGGACGAAGAUGAAGUCAUGAUGCAAAAGACGAGAAAACCACAACCACUGCAAGAUCCUCACAAGGUGCAGUCUUUUGUCAAGCGCAUGCUGAAUUCAGUGGGCAAGCCUCGACUCGUCAACAAACUGCUGAUGCGACUGCAAAUGACCAACGUCGACAAUUCGCAUGGAAGAGAAAUCCUCAAGAUGAUUGUGCGCUUGCAUGGUCUCAAGAUGCUAAAAUUUUGGCUGGGCGAAUGGAAGAACAAUGAGAUGAUUGUAUUGCGAGUGCUGCAAGUGCUGGAGAGACUACCGCUUGCCAACAGAAAUGGGCUAGAGGAUUGCAAGUUAUUUGAUAUUGUACAAAAGUUUGUGGAUCACGACAAUGAGGAGAUCAGCCGGUUGUCACAGCACUUGUUGGAUGAAUGGAGCGAACUGAAGUGUGUGUACCGUAUACCAAAGAGAGCACAUGUAGACAUGUCAGUCACCACAGCAGAGGAAGAAGACGAUGACGAUGACGACGAUGAUAUGGAAGAAGGCGUGGAGGAAGAAGGAGAGGCGCAAGACAAGGAUAGUGAACAACACGCAGAUGCCUCUUCUACAACUACAGUUCCUGCCAAAAAACCAGCCAAACGACACAAUCAACGAAAGAGGUUCAAACGAAAACGCUUUGAGUCUACACGAGAGUUCUUUGAUCCAGACAACGACCUUUACGAGUACUUUUCCAUGGACGCCACCCCAGAGGACCUUGCCUUCAAGUUGCUAUAUCCACCGCCAUCCUCGAUUCCAACUGCACCUAAAGCUAUGCUUGAAUCCAACAACAAUAAUAACAACACUGUAUAUCACCAUCAAAAGCAUUAUAAUCACACCAAGCAUAAGAAGCCCACUGGAGGAGGAGGAGGAGGAGGCUUCUUUUCUUAUCACUCUACGAAUAAUAUUAACCACCAAAUAUCUUCAUCUACUCCUAUUACUAUACAUAAUACAACUUGUACACCUAAUCCUACAAUAACAACUACAGAUGAUACCCUGCUUCAACAGCAACAAGCAUACACGGAUUACUAUCAAAAUCCUUCGUCCAUGUAUGACUACAGUCAGUUUUACUAUGCUCAAGCAGCAGCAGCUGAAGGGAUGACUGUGGAGGAGUACUAUUACGCAUUUCAACAGCAACAGCAACAGCAACAGCAACAGCAACAAGCUGCGAUGCCUGCUACCAAUUGGCAACUGGCAGUGACAGAAGAUGGAUCCACAUAUUACUACAACAUGGCUACACAUCAAACACAGUGGGAGAUACCACAAGAAUUGGAGCAAUUGCAAUCACAAGUACCUCCUCCUCCUCCGCCACCGCCGCCACCUCCACCUCCACCUCCAUCCUCGUCUACUUCCUCGUCAUUACACUCUACUUUACCGCAACCCACUUCCUCCACCGCUUCAUUACAGAAAGCAGGUUUAUCCAUUGAGGGUGUCGUUGAUCCACUGCAAUUAGAAGGACUUGUUGAGCAAGCCAUAUUGGAAUCGGAUGAAAAGAAGCGACUUUUGCAAUUGAGUCUGGGCGAAGAUAGUCCUAAUAGUAAGGGAAGCCAUCUGCUCACACCUACCAGUGGAUCUGUAGAUGCUGCCAUGAAUGAAGAGGGUCCGUAUUUAAAUGACGUCGAUUUGAAGCGAGAAGUUGGAAAAGUGGUGACAAAGUAUCUGUCUUCCAAGCAGCAAGCGCUCUGGAAAGGAGAUAAGCAUGUGUUUAAGGAUCUUGCUCGCAAGGUCACUCAUCAUAUUGUGGACAGGGAAAUGCAAUCUGGUCGAAAGAUCAAGGCCAUGGACACUGGUUUACGCAUAAAAAUUGAAAAGUUCAUUGAUGCGUAUGGCACUGACUACGUAUCUAAAUUCAAGCAGAAAAACCUCGUUGGCCUAUCUUCCAGCAGUAGCUCACCGUCCAUGAAUAUCAGUUAG